GAGGAAUCGCUAAACGAGUGCAUGUAAAACGGCUCAGUCUAAAGACUCGUGAGCUAGCAAGUAUUGAUGAUCAUCAAGUACCUUGUAGCUUUAUUUGAUUGGUUCAGAUUCGGGGACUUGAAGAGGCCAGUGUUGAAAAUCUCAUCAACGAUCAGAGCAUCUCCUGAAGGAUAGUAUUCACUAUUCAGGAUCGACAGUUGUUCUCAGCUAGCAAUCCUACGCACUAAUCUGCCUCCAAUUUUGACUAUAAACAAUUAGAAAUACCAAGAAAUAUUCCAAAUAUCCUACUAUGCAUGACCAUGGCUGUAUGAUGGAGCUUUAAAAUUGUAUAUUGCUUUUCUUGAUUUCUUCCCACAUAAAGGGAUUAAAUUUCCUCAAGUUAUAAAGUGACAUAGGACAUAGGACAUAGGACAGUCCGGUCCAAAAAAUCAGCAUUCAUUAUAUAUCUCUGUAGGCGGAAGUCUCUGCUCUCAACUUGAACACUAGUCUUUGGAAAACAAGAACACAAGCAAUGGCUGACGAAGAACAAUCUGCUGGUCUUGAAUCACCCUUGAUUCCAGUUCAGCCCCAACAACAUGCAAUACAAUCAACAAGGGGACAAUUCACGAAAGGCGAAUUGUUCGGGGAACUGAAGAAGCAGUUAUUGUUGGCAGGGCCGCUGGUAUCAUCAAAUUUCUUGUUGUUUGGUAUGCAGGUUAUUUCAGUCAUGUAUGUUGGUCAUCUUGGGGAGCUAUCACUUGCAGGUGCUUCUAUGGCCACUUCAUUUGCAUCUGUGACUGGUUUGAGCUUGAUAAUAGGAAUGGGUAGCGCAUUAGACACAUUUUGCGGGCAGUCAUAUGGAGCAAAACAGUAUCAUAUGCUUGGGAUACACUUGCAGAGGGCAAUGCUUGUUCUUCUGCUGGCCUGCAUUCCUAUUGCAACUAUAUGGUUCAAUGCGGGCUACAUUCUUCAAUCCUUGGGUCAAGAUCCAGAAAUUGCUGCAGCUGCUGGAAACUAUGCUCGUUUCUUGAUACCUUGCAUUUUUGCUUACGCAGUCCAACAAUGUCAUUCUAGAUUCUUGCAAACCCAAAGCAAUGUGGUUCCUAUGAUAGUUAGCACUGGCACAGCAACACUAGCACACUUGCUUGUCUGUUGGCUUCUGGUAUAUAAGACAAGCCUUGGAUAUAGAGGAGCUGCUGUCGCAAUCUCCAUCUCAUAUUGGAUCAAUGCGUUGUUCUUGGUUGUUUAUAUCAGAGUUUCUCCCUCUUGUAAACACACAUGGACGGGAUUUUCAAAGGAGGCAUUUCAUGGAAUUCCCAACUUCAUAAAAUUAUCUAUCCCUUCAGCUAUAAUGAUCAGCCUAGAAAUCUGGUCAUUCGAAUUGAUGGUUCUCUUAUCCGGUUUUCUUCCAAAUCCACAGCUUGAAACCUCAGUGCUAUCAAUCAGCCUUAACACAUGCUCCAUGAUAUACAUGAUUCCUCUUGCAUUCGCCGCUGCAGCAAGCACAAGAGUUUCAAAUCAACUGGGUGCCGGGCAACCACGACUUGCUCGUCUAGCAGUAGGUGUUGCACUAUGCAUUGUUGUUACCGAAGGUAUUAUGGCUGCUGCUAUACUGAUACUGGGUCGAAAAGUUUGGGGAUACUGUUACAGCAGUGAAAAGGAAGUGAUCAAUUAUGUUGGACAAAUGCUUAUUUUGGUUGCGGUAUCCCACUUUUUUGAUGGACUUCAAUCUGUGCUUUCAGGUAUCAUAAGAGGAAGUGGACAGCAGAAGAUUGGGGCAUAUGUUAAUUUGGGAGCUUAUUAUCUUAUGGGAAUUCCUACGGCAAUAUUAUUAGCAUUUGUAUUCCACAUUGGAGGAAAGGGUCUUUGGAUGGGAAUCAUUGUUGCGCUAUUUGUGCAAGCACUGUCUCUUGCAAUCAUAAUCUUAUUCACAGACUGGGAAAAAGAAGUGAAGAAAGCUUCUGAUAGAGUAUACAACACACCAACCGCUUCUGAUGCAUAGAAAAUAAGAAGAUGCGUAUCGGCCCAAUGGCGGACGCAGUAUAGGACAAGUGGGGACUACUGCCCUAAGUGAACUAGUGAAUUUCUAUCAAUAGGGCGCCACAGCGAUAGCUUAGGCAGUUAGGCAUGUAUAAUAAUAUAUGUUAUUUGAUAAGAAGCAAAACUUUGAUUGGAUGUGUAAUUUUUAAUACAUAUAUAUAUAUAUAUAUAUAUAUAUAUAUAUAUAUAUAUGCACAUGCAUACAGGCUGAUCACUGACGUCCACACAAAUGCAAAAGUGCGGAUGUCCCUCCUUAGGCCUCGAUCACACGGUGAUGGUGUUGUUGUGGUUGCCGGUGCCAAAUCAGGCAUCGAUGUCAAGCAUUUGCUUGCCGAUGGAGUCGUCGAUGAAGAGUUUGAAGUCGACCUUGAUGGGCUUCCAUGGUUUUAGGCGAGCUCACCGUGCACACCAUCGAUUCCGAUCAGCUGAGUCGUUGCCUUGAUAGUGACACUGUCCGGGAUGCCCAAAGUGUUCGUUCCGCAACCGCAGCGCCUGAAACCACUGCCUGAUCGAGGCCUGAGGAGGAAUAUUCACACUUUUGCAUCUGUGCGGACGUCUUCUUUUGAAUGGCUCCUUCUAUAUCACUUGAAACCACUGCCUGAUCGAGGCUUGAGGAGGAAUGUACACACUUUUGCAUC